AUGAUUGAGGAUAUUGGAGUGCCGGCCGAACAAAGGUCAGCUGAGGAGCUAAUACGUUUUUCCAUUCCUGGGGGUGAAGUAAGAUACUUUCUGAUUGGGAGUUCAUUGAGCGUAACCGAGCGUAAGGAGAUGUAUGACUUUUUGAUACGGAACAUAAAAGUUUUUGCUUGGACUCCACAAGACAUGCCAAGCGUGGAUCCAUCGUUUGCAAUGCAUUCAUUAAAUGUCGAUCCGAAUAGACGGCCGGUGGUGCAAAAAGUCCGACGCUCAUCGGCCGCUCAUACCGAAGUUGUAAUAGCCGAAGUGAAUCAACUGUUGGAAGCUGGUAUCAUUCGGGAAGUGCUAUAUCCCACCUGGCUCGCCAAUCCAGUGGUUGUCCCGAAGAAAAAUGGGAAAUUAAGGGUAUGCGUUGAUUACACGAACCUCAAUGAUGCCUGUCCUAUGGAUCGAUUUCCCCUUCCUCGGAUCGAGCAAAUGGUAGAUGCAACAGCGGGAUGCGAACGCUUGAGCUUUAUGGAUGCGUAUCGGGGCUAUCACCAAAUAGCUUUGGACCCGGAAGAUCAGGAGAAGACGGCCUUUAUUUCUCCUCGGGCCACUUACAAGGUCGUGCCGUUCGGCCUGAAGAAUGCUGGUGCGACCUUCCAACGCUCCAUCACAAAGAUGUUCCCUGGAAUGCUCGGCAAAAAAGUAGAAGCUUAUAUCGAUGAUCUGGUUUGCAGAAGCAGGUUCGCUCGGGACCACCUUCAGGACUUAGGAGAAGUCUUUGCUGUUUUGAAACAACGAAAGCUUCGUCUUAAUGCCGAAAAAUGUGCGUUUGGCGUAAGCUCGAGAAAAUUUCUUGGUUACUUGGUCAGCCACCGAGGGAUCGAGGCUGAUCCAGCGCAAAUCCUGGCUGUACAAAAUCUCCGAGCUCCCGCUUCUAUCAAAGAAGUACAACGACUUACAGGGAUGGUGGCUGCCUUGAACCGAUUCAUCCGACGUUCGGGAGACCUUUGCCGUCCAUUUUUCGGAGCGAUCCCCACCAGCCGAUGCAGAUUCGUAUGGACCGAAGAAUGCAAGCAGGCUUUGAAGUCUUUAAAGCAAUACCUGUCUCACGCUCCUUUGCUCGUCAAGCCCCUACCCGAUGAAGAUCUGUAUCUUUACCUUGCUGUUUCCGACCAUGCAACGAGCGCGGUUCUUGUUCGGAAAGAGGGGAUGGAGCAUCAACUGAUCUUCUAUUCCACUGUUCUUCGGAAGACGGACACAUCGAGCCAGAUCCUGAAGUUCUCUCAAGACUUGGCCAACUUCGACAUCCAAUUUAAGCCUCGGACAGCUAUCAAAGGGCAGGUCUUGGCCGACUUCUUUGCCGAACUCACUCCUGGCUUACAAGACGAGGCCAAUGCCUUGGCCACUGCCGCUGAAGAAGCUCGGAUUCAGGAAGAAGAGGUUUUGGAAGGGCCGUCCAGCCGUCCUGCAGAACCACUCCGUGCUCGGUACUCCCUCGGACGAAAGAAACCCAAACGACAAUGGAAGCUCUUCUCCGGCGACGCUUGGCGACUGAUCGUCGAUGGAGCUUCUAAUGUUCACGGAGUUGGUGCAGGCAUCGUCCUUGUGUCACCAAGUGGGACUGUUCAUGAAAGCGUGGUUUCGAUUGGGUACACGGCGAUGAACAACGAGACGGAAUAUGAAGCUCUGAUUGCAGGCCUCCAACUUGCUCUUCGGCUGGAUGCAGAUUCGGUUCAUGUCUUCUGUGACUCUCAGCUCAUUGUGGGGCAUUUAAACGAUGAUUAUCAAGCCAAAGAUCAACGUAUGAAUGCUUACGUAAGCCACGUCUUGGCUUUGUUCGGAAGAUUUGGACGCGUAGAAGUGGAAUGGAUUGCUCGGGAGCAUAACGCACAUGCUGACGCCCUUGCAGGUCUUGCUUCAGUCUACAAGACCUCGGGCAGUCGCACCAUCACCUUUGACGAGGUCCCCAAACCGAGCUUCGAAAAGCCGUGUGAACAGGUCAUGGCCAUCACCCUCGGCCCAAGCCAGCUGGAUCCUGUGGUUGCUUACCUGAAGAACCAAGUGCUACCGACGAGCAAACGCGAAGCAUACAAACUCCGCUGCCGAGCGGCCAACUUUUUCUUGAACCCAAAUGACAACCUUUACUGA